GGUGCUGAGUUCGAACCCCUUUCUCACAGGAUCCCUGCCUCGCGCCCUCUCCCGCCUCACCAAACUCCAACAGCUCGUACUCAGCUACACUGCCAUCUCGGGCCGGCUGCCUCGCUUCCUUGCAGCCCUUACUCGCCUCACUGUGCUUGGGUAUCCUAUUGGCGGGGUGGGCUGCCUAAUGGAGGGGCGCUGUGAAAUAAAACAGGACCGUUCAUCCAUGUUUUGCAAGAUCUGUUCGACUUUCUGCUCCACUUGUAUCCCAAUCAACG